AAGCGUCCUCCUCCUGAUCUCCUGCUCUGCUCCCCAUUGCUCCUGUAGAGGAAAAGUAGACACUGGCCCCACUGCACACUCCUCCCCUCCUUCCUCCUCGGAGCCGGAGCUUUCUCCCUCUUUAAACCAUGAUCUGGCUCCCAGUGCUUCUCGGUGCAUGUUUCCCUUCGUGAGGGCAGAUUUCUGGGCUCGUUUCAUGACAUGACACAGUGCAGCCUCCUUCAUGCCACUGGAACUUCUCCGUCCAGGACUCUUUCGCAGUGCUUUGAGUUUUGGUUACAUGAAAUAUGCGAUGUUCGCAGGAGUGCCCGGUUCUCUUGCUGUUACACUUUGUUUUCACUUUGGCAGCCGGCCACGAAGACCUCACCGACUCCGGCAGACUCCUCUCGCUUUUUGCAGAGCAAGGUCAGUCUUCCCUUUCUGAGUCAGACCUUUCGAUUGUCCACCCAGUAAAAUCAACCGCUGAUGGAGCCUUCAUGUCCCACUCUCUGUCUCACCACUUUAAUGGUGGGCGAGUCAGGCGUGACCUACGACCCCAGGCUCUGGAGGGACAGGUUUACUAUAAGAUCCACUACAAAGGUCACGCUUUACUGUUCAAUUUGACUGCAAACAAUCACCUGGUUUCAAGUGACUACAUCCUGGAGAGGAGGAACGGAAGCGCCAACAGGACGGAGCAGCAUCGUCUGCAUGAAGGGAACCCCUGCCACCUCCUCGGCACUGUGGAGGCAUCUGGUGCGCUAGGAACUGCUGCUAUUAGCACAUGUAAAGGCCUGAGGGGCUUCUUCUCUCUGCCGGAGGGACACUUUUUUAUUGAACCUGUCCAGAACUCUCCUGAUGAGCCUGCAGGGACUCCAGAGCCUCAUGUUGUCUAUCCAAGAGUAACUGAAAGUCAAAGGAAAAAACGCAGUCUUCAGUCCAAAACAACACCCAGCCCCUGCGGAGUUCUAGAUGCUCCAAGUGACUCUGUGCAGGUGGAGCGGGAUAGAGAGGAGUGGGAGAGGGAGCAGCAGAGGGGGGAAUCACGCUCGCAGCGCUCGGUCAGCAGAGAGCGCUGGGUGGAGACCAUGGUGGUGGCUGACUCCAAACUCAUAGAAUACCACGGCAGCGAUAAUGUGGAGUCCUACAUCUUCACCAUCAUGAAUAUGGUGGCUGGGAUCUUUCAUGAUGCCAGUAUUGGGAAUGCAAUCCAUGUCAUCUUGGUUCGCCUCAUUCUCCUGCAGGGAGACGAGAAAGGGUUAAAGAUAGCUCACCAUGCAGACUCCACUUUGUCUAGUUUCUGUGCCUGGCAGAAAAACCUGAACCCGCAGAGUGACACACACCCGGCUCAUCAUGACGUGGCUGUGUUGAUCACCAGGAAAGACAUCUGUGCUGGCAGUAACCAGCCCUGUGAGACCCUGGGUCUGUCUCAUCUGUCUGGGAUGUGUCAGCCACACCGAAGCUGUAACAUCAACGAGGAUUCAGGUCUACCUGUCUCCUUUACCGUCGCUCAUGAAAUGGGCCACAGUUUUGGUAUUCAUCAUGACGGCCAGGGGAACGACUGUGAGUUGGAAGGGCGGCACCCGUUCAUCAUGUCCAGACAGCUGAUGUACGACAGCUCGCCUCUCACUUGGUCGUCCUGCUCCAAAGAAUACAUCACACGCUUUCUAGAUCGAGGGUGGGGUUUCUGUCUUGAUGACCGUCCUUCCAAGAGGGACCUGACCACCCCACUGGCUCGCCUCGGAGUCCGCUACACCACACACCACCAGUGCCAGCUCCAGUAUGGCCCCAAUGCUACUUUCUGCCAUGAAGUUGAUAAUGUUUGCCAGAUUCUUUGGUGCUCAGUGAACGGCACAUGUCGCUCCAAACUGGACUCACCCAUAGAUGGCACUCGCUGUGGACCCGAGAAGUGGUGUAUCAGUGGAGAGUGUGUGAUUGUGGGGAAACUGCCAGAGACGGUGAAUGGAGCUUGGGGACAGUGGAGCACCUGGUCUUUCUGCUCCAGGACCUGUGGGAUUGGAGUCCAGUCAGCAGAGAGGGAAUGUAACAACCCUAAACCGGAGUUCGGGGGGAAGUACUGCACAGGGGAAAGGAAACGUUAUCGAACCUGUAACACUAAACCCUGUCAGCAGAACACGCCCACCUUUCGAGAGAUGCUGUGCAGUGAGUUUGACACUGUGCCCUACCAGAACGAGCUCUAUCAGUGGAUUCCUGUAGCUAACCCAUUACACCCCUGUGAGCUGCACUGUCGCCCAGUCAGCGAGUAUUUUUCAGAGAAGAUGCUUGACGCAGUGACGGACGGGACGCCGUGCUUCAUGAACAACAAGUCCAGAAACAUCUGCGUCAAUGGAGUGUGCAAGGAUGUCGGCUGUGAUUAUGGCAUCGACUCAAACGCAGUGGCGGACCAUUGUGGAGUCUGUUUGGGCGACGGCACAAGCUGUGAGACGAUCCAUAAGUCGUUUGAUGAUGGAGAAGGCUUUGGGUAUGUGGACGUGGGUGUGAUACCUGCGGGGGCGCGGGACAUCCUGGUAAAGGAAGUCGAGGAGGCAGGUAACUUCCUGGUCCUGAGGAGCGGGCUAUCCGAGGACGAGUACUUCCUCAACGGCAACUACAUUAUCCAGUGGAACGGGGAGUACGAGGCAGGGGGGACCACGUUCUACUAUGAACGCAGCGGGAACAUGGAGAACAUCACCGCUCCAGGACCCACCGAACAGCCAGUCAUGCUGCAGCUGCUGUUUCAGGAGAAGAACUCAGGUAUAACAUAUGAAUACACCAUUAAGAAGACCAAAGGGACAGGAAAUGAGGUCAUAGAGCCAACUUACAGGUGGAGACAUGGGGCGUGGACAGACUGUAGCACCACCUGUGGAAUAGGUGAGCAGCACCAGCCUGCACGGUGUUUUGAGAUGGAUAUGGGUGUGGUGGAUGAUUCUCUGUGUGACCCAGAUAACCGUCUAGAAGACAGACAUAGAAAGUGCAAGACUAUGGAUUGCCCAGCAAGGUGGUGGGUAGGCGGCUGGCAGCAGUGUACAGCAACAUGUGGAUCAGAGGGGAUACGAAAGCGAACGGUGCUCUGUGUUCGGACUGUGUCAGGGGAAGAAAGGGUGCUGCACCCUGUGGAGUGUAAGCAUCUCCUAAAACCCAAACCUGUGGUGCCGUGCAACAGGGAUGUGCCCUGUGGACUGGACUGGGCUGUUGGCAACUGGGAAGAGUGCCCAGUCACAUGUGGAGGAAGCAUUCGCUCACGUACAGUCACAUGUGUAUUAGCACCGAAGAAGAGCUGCGACCUCUCAACCAGACCUCGGUCCAGGUCCCUGUGUGCUCUUCAAAGCUGCCCUAACUUAGGUCUGCGUAGACGACCUGGGCCAGCUCCUAAAUACCGCCGUGUCUACCCACCUAAGAGCCACCCCACCAAGCUUCCUGCCAACACUACCUGGGCAAGCACCACCACCGCAGCUGCACCCACAGCUGCUGUCACUGUGAGGAAGAGAACAACCACCACAGAAACUUCAACUGCUUUCAUCCCCACCACCACAUCUCUUUCGAUCCCUGAAGUCAUAGAUGCAGAUGAUUAUGUGUUUGAUGAUAAAAAGAGUAAAACUGAGGAUAAGAAAGGGAAAUCAAAUUCUGCAGAAAAAGACAAUGUGGGACAGGAAGAGGAGGAAGAGAGGGAGGAAGGAGAGGAGGGAAGUACGCCAAAUGUGUUGAUGUACACUCCAGGAUAUGAUUACAUUGUUCAAGAAAAGACAGCAGAAGAGGAGGGCAUUAUUGACCUGGAUGUUACCACGUCUAAAUCCCUCAAAAAUCCACUUAAAUCAACCACACCAAGGCCACAUUUACUCAUUACACCCACUUUACAAACAAGUCCACCCACCAUGCACAUGACCAAAGCACCCACAACUACCUCCAGCAUCUCUUCCACUUCACACACCACCACUGAUACAUGGGCAAAGUCCACUCACCGCAUUCCCCACACCACCCCUCGCGUCAAUCCGUUCAGCCGCUUGACACACAGGGUCCCCCUCCCAACGUCUGUGCACAAGGACUUCCACACAAGACAAGCGCCUUACUCCACUGCAAGAAAACCAUUCACCACUGCAGCUUCACCCCAGCCCACUGUGAAGAUCAUCAAACUCAAGAAGCCUGCUGUGACACCCAAGAAAAACAGUCCCACCACUCGUGCUAAAAAACCCUCUUCUUGGCCAAAAGGUAGUCGGUCAAAGAGUCAAAACCAGGGACAGCAGAGUCCCAGGGAACAAAGCGACCUGUCGGCCAGGGAGACGGUCAGCAUGGAUAUAUAUUGGGCUGUGGGAAACUGGAGUGAGUGCUCAACAACAUGUGGUAUCGGAGCGAUAUGGAGGACAGUCGUGUGCAGCUCUCAGAAAGAUGACGACUGUGCCAACAUGAAGAGACCUGAACCUGCGCGCACAUGUCACCUGCAGCCCUGUGCCACCUGGCAGAGUGGCAGCUGGAGCAAGUGUCCAGAUAACUGUGCAGGCGGGGUGGGGAGAAGAUAUCGGGACAUCCAGUGUGUUGAUUCUCAGAGUAAACGUCCCCUCAGACCUUUCCACUGCCAGGCUGUGUCCAGCAGACCUGUCAGCACCUUGACCUGCCCCCACAAGCCCUGUAUGACCUGGAGUACAUCACCCUGGGGACCGUGCUCUGGCAGCUGUGGCGAAGGCGUCAGGGAGCGGCUGGUGUUUUGUCCUGAGCCUCACCGCUGUAGCUCCACACUGAGGCCAAACAGCACAGAGACCUGCAGCCUUAAACCCUGCACUCAGUGGAAGGCCAACGACUGGGAGGAGUGCUCAGUGAGUUGCAAUGGGGGUCAGCAGCAGCGUGAAGUCAACUGUGUGAGCGAGCAGGAUCUUGCUGUAAUGCCAAACAGUCUCUGUGAAAAGAUUUCCAAACCUGAAACCCUCAGGAAGUGCAAUAUCCAGGAAUGCAAGACCAACACAGGUCCGGUCUGCAGAAAGAACACCAUGUCCUCCCGGUUCUGUGACAAACUGAGGCUUUUGGGUCGCUGCUCCCUCAGAUCUGUCCAAAAACAGUGUUGUGUCACCUGUGGGUCAUAACCAGGAUAUUACACACCCACGUACUGUAAAUGAAAAAGGACACAUUCCAACUACAGAAAUACUUACUGUACUGUCCUGUCUCGCAUACAGCAAUGCCACCUGCAGACUAACUCGUCCAAACCAAAGUCUUAAUAGGCACAACACUUCAACAAGCACAAAAAAACAUGGGUCGAUAAAGACAGGUUUUUUAUUUAAUUUUCAAAAGUAUUUUAAUAUUGUUUCUUUGAGCUCUUUAGAUACUUGUAAGUUAUUUUAAUUAAAUAUCUGAUUAAGGUAUCGAGCCCAAGCCCGGAUGAUGAGUAGAUAUUUUGAGUUUUACACAUUAAAGACCAUGUUGUCCCAUAUUAAGGGGAAGAAGAAUGAUUAUCAGAAUUGAAAUAUGUAAAAAUGUGUUAACAGGCAAAUUUCCAAUGAUUACAAACGGAUUGUAAAAUCUGCCAGAAAAUGAAUAGAAUGUAACAAGCCUUGAAUUAAAUGAUCAAGUGAAAUAAAUACUAAAGGAGUACAUUAAAAAAAAACUAAAUUUAAAAAGAAUAGCAACAACUAAAAAUCAGAAAUCUGUUAGAAAACCAUUUACAGUUUCAUCUUUAAUUCACAAAAGAAAAAAUAGAAAAUGACUAACAAUACACAUCUCUUUUGGGACAAAGGUGCUUUAGUAUUAGAAGAACUGUCAUGAUACUACUUUUAUUUUGAUGUCAAAGUGACUGAUAAAAACAGAAUGUAAAUAGAUUGUUUUGCUAUCUCUUUGUAAUGAAAUUGUUAAUAACACUGAUAGUCAUUGUUUUAUAUUCAUAUUUCACUUUUUCUGCUUGAAUUGUGCUUUCAUUCACAGAGCUGACACUUAUGUGCUUACCUAAUUCUCAGUUUCUACUUUAGUCUUUCUUUGUAAAAAUGAAUGUCAAAGAUAAAGAACAAAACAAUACGCUGCAGAACCUGCACAGUUCUGCAGUGGAACCAUGUGGUGCUCCUCCUCUGGUGUGCGAUGGACCAAUGAGAAAGAGGCGUUGCGGGUCAUCCCUCUCAGGUCGCUCUAAAGAUGGCUGCUGUGUUUGUAAGAUGUUGUACGGUUUUAACUGCUUUCUUCCAAAUGGUACUUCACUUUGACUGAUUUUGAUUUCUAAUUUCUCUAUUAAAAAAUGAUGAUGAAAGAUGUUGCAACAAAAGCGAGACAAUAAAUAAAAUCUUUUAUAAUUUUUUA